UGUGGGUUUUUUUGAGAAAGCACUGUUGAACUCUUUAUGUAUUUUUAUAAUUUGUGCAAAUUCACCAUGAAACCAUUGAAGAUUUCAAUGAAGCCCUUGCAAACUUUGUCUUAACCUGUUCCCCAAGGUCAUCAAGGCCCAGAUUAUAGUUGUAUGAUUCUGCCAAAAUGAGGUCUUCUGUGAUCUUAUCAUCUCAGUAUGGGUGUUCUAAAAAUUGUUCAGAAGCCAUCCCAAGGCACAUGAAUAUAGGGAUUUUGUGGAGGUGUGAGUUGUCCUGUUUUCCUCCUCAUGUCUCGGCUCUGACUCUGAAUAACUUCCUAGCCCCAUGAAAUGAGACAGAGAAAGGAAAGCAAAACUGAGUAUGUGAUAAAUAUUAUAUAAAUUUUAAUUUAUACUCCUCCACAAGAAUAUUUUCAUUCACCCACCUGGAUCUGACUACUUCUGUUAGCCUGGAGUACUUCAGGACAAUAUGACUAGCUGGAUCUUGUUACAGGUUGGAUUUCCACAGGACUUUUGGCCUCGUGUCUGAUGAUGAGAAUAGAAAGAAAACCUUCCAGUUCUUCACUGUGUUGUUAUUUGUUAAAACCUCAUGCAGAUGUGAACCUGUGCUCGUACAGUGCUGCACGAUAUGGAUUCAGUGACCUUUGAGGAUGUGAGUGUGAAGUUCACCACAGAGGAGUGGGCUCUGCUGGAUCUAUCCCAGAAGAAACUCUACAGAGAUGUGAUGCAGGAAACCUUUAAGAACUUGACCUCAAUAGGAGAAAAAUGGGAAGACCCUGAUACUGAAGAUCAGUAUGAAAAUCAUGGGACAAAUCUAAGCAGUCAUAUGGUAGAGAGACUCUGUAAAAAUAAUGAAGGUAGUCAGUAUGGGGAAACAUUUAGCCAAAUUUCAAAUCAUAAUCAGAAAAAGAAAACUGGAAUAAAACUAUGUGAAUUCAGUGUAUGUGGACGAAUCUUCAUGCGUCAUUCAUCCUUUAAUAGGCACAUGACAUCUCGCACUACACCCAAACCACGUGAGUAUCAGGAAUAUGAGGAGAAGCCAUAUAAAUGCAAGGAAUGUGGGAAAGCCUUCAAGCAUCGUCAGUCCAGACAUACCCAUGAGAAAAUUCACACUGGGGAGAAGCCCUAUGAUUGUAAGAAAUGUGGGAAGGCCUUCAAGCUUCGCCAGUCUAUUCAAAGGCAUGAAAGGAUUCACACUGGAGAGAAACCCUAUGAGUGUAAAAGGUGUGGAAAAGCCUUCAGAUAUCACCACAACUUUCAAAAACAUGAACGAACUCAUACUGGAGAGAAACCCUAUAGAUGUAAGCACUGUGGUAAAGCCCUCAGUUCUCUCAGAUACUGUCGAAUUCAUGAAAUAACGCACACUGGAGAGAAACCUUAUAAAUGUAAGCAAUGUGGUAAAGCUUUCAAUUGUCCCAGUUACUUUAUAAAACAUGAGAGAACUCAUAGUGGAUUGAAACCAUAUGAAUGCAAGCAGUGUGGUAAAGCCUUCAGUUGUGCCAGUUACAUUCGAAGACAUGAAAGGACACAUACUGGAGAAAAGCCCUAUGAAUGUAAAAAAUGUGGUAAAACCUUUAGUUGUUCAAGUUCCUUUCGAAAACAUGAGAGAACUCAUACUGGAGAGAAACCCUAUGAAUGUAAGCAAUGUGGUAAAGCCUUCAGUUAUUCCAGAUCCUUUCGAAGUCAUGAAAGGAGACACAGUGGAGAAAAGCCCUAUAAGUGUAAAAAUUGUGGUAAAGCUUUCAGUUGUCCAAAUUCCUGUCGAAAACAUGAGAGGACUCAUUCUGGACAGAAACCCUAUGUAUGUAAGGAAUGUGGGAAAGCCUUCAGUUAUCUUGCCAAAUUUCAAAGACACAUGAUGAAGCAUACUGGAGAUGGACCUUAUAAAUGUAAAGACUGUGGGAAAGUCUUUGAUUGUCCCAAUUACUUUCGUUGUCAUGAAAGGACUCACAGUGGAGAAAAGCCAUAUAAGUGUAAGGAAUGUGGUAAGGCCUUCAGUUUUCUAUGUUGUCGUCAAAUACAUGAAAAAAGUCAUACUGGGGAGAGGCCCUAUGAAUGUAAGCAAUGUGGCAAAGCCUUCACUUAUCUCAGUUCCAUUCGAAAACACGAAAGAACUCAUACUGGAGAGAAACCCUAUGAAUGUAAGGAAUGUGGAAAGGCUUUUAUUUAUCCCUCAAAUGUUCAAAGACACAUGAUAAUGCAUACUGGUGAUGGACCUUGCAAAUGUAAGGAUUGUGGGAAAGCCUUUGAUUGUCCCAGUUCUUUACAAGCACAUAAAAACACUCACACUGGAGAGAAACCCUAUCAAUGUAAAACUUGUAGUAAAACCUUCAGUUGUCCCAGUUCUUUUCAAAGCCAUGAAAAAACUCAUAGUGGAGAAUAGCACUAUGAAUGUAAGGAAUGGGUGAAAGCCUUUAUUUUUCCCAGUUCAUUCCAAAUACAUAAAAGAGCUCACACUGGAGAGAAACCGUAUUUUUGCAAACAGUGUGGCAAAGCUUUCAGCACUCUCUGUUAUAUUCAGAUACAUGAAAGAACUCGUACUAGACAGAAACUGAAUGUAAGGAAUGUGGGGAAGCCUUCAUGUAUCACACGUUUCCAAGGACACAUGAGAGUGCACACUGGAGAGAAACAGUAUAUAUGUAAGGAAUGUGGGAAAGCCUUCAGUCCCAUUUCCUUGGAAAGCCACGAAAGAACUUGCACUGGAGAGACUGUAUUGAAUGUAAACUAUGUAGGAAAACCUUCACUUGCCCCACAUCUUUACAAAACUAUGUGAAAAUGUACAUGCGGGGCUUCCCUGGUGGCGCAGUGGUUGGGAGUCCGCCUGCCGAUGCAGGGGACACGGGUUCAUGCCCCGGUGCGGGAAGAUCCCACAUG